AUGCAUAAAGGCUUACUAAUCCUAGAUUUGUUUGUGCUGAUAUGCCUAACGAUACAGCUUUUGCCUAUCAUAUCAGUCCCGAUUACGGGUGAAGGAAUUGGAUAUAAUCUACAUUUGUCAAAGUAUGGAAAUUAUACAUUCGGUGUGCUUGGUCUAUGUACGUCUAAUAAUAUAUGCUCGAAGCCUAAGAUAGGAUAUCCACCAGAGACAGAUAAAUUUUAUUCGUUUAUGGAUGAUGAAAAUGGUGAGUAUCCGGAUUUUGCUGCUGCAGAGCUUCCCUCCAGGGCUAGAUAUGUUAUUUCUAAAUUAUUAGUUGUUCAUAUAGUGGGCUUUUGUUUCACUGCAUUAUUAUUCAUAUUGAGUUCAACUUUAACUAUAAUAUUAUGGCUUGAAGAAUCUGAAACGAAAGUGCCUUUUAAAGAUGCAAUUAGGAAAAAGGCUAAAAUACGACAGAAUAGUAGGAAUAAUAGUUCUACAGACCUUACUGAAAGUACAUCAGCAACCAAAAUGGACUCAUUAUCAGAUAAGGAAACGGUGAACAAUGAGCGAAAAAAGGAUAUCACUCCAUAUUUGAAUUUGAUGCUUAUGCUAUCACUCCUAUCAUUCUUACUGACUUUAUUAGCAUUCUUGUCAGACAUAUUGUUGUUUAUCCCACAUUUGAGUUAUUUAGGCUGGCUUCAACUAUGUCCAAUAAUUUUAUUAUCUACUGUAACCUCUAUGCUUUGCUUUAUAAAGAGGUCAAUUUCUUCAAGAAAAUAUCUAAAUGAUGAAUAUAGAUAUGAAAAUGAUGAUAUGAGAAAGCGUGUAAAUGUUGGCGUGCUAAACUGGAAAGAUACAGAUAGUGAUGAUGGGUUCUAUGUUUAUACGAACGGUUUUUACAGUAAUUACAAUAAUGAUGAUACUCCUCAGGAAGGACAUAGUCACGCCCCUGAAUUAUUUCCAGCUAAUAUUAGUACACAUAGUGGGUGGAUACGACAUUCAGGCCAUAAUGAAACUGGGGAUGAUGUUUCAAUAAGUUCCAGUAGAGAUGAUAGUUACAAUGAGCAUGAGAACAUUCAAAUGAGGCUACUUAAUGACCACGAACAUGACACUUAA